AUGUGGACUCUUGCAUCUUGGGGCUGGGCGGUUAGGCUGUCCAGUAUACUUGUGCUCUUUGCUCUCCUCCAGAGUAUCGCAGCUCAGGAUCUCGGCCUGAACCUUGACACACAUGCCCGAGACAAAGCACAACAAAUCGUUUACUCCUCUAAGCUCACCUUCACCCAAGAUACUGUAACGCUCUUUAGCAAUGACCAACUCUAUGAGCUUGCUCACUUGGCUUAUAGCCAAAUGCAGACCAAGUUUAAUGCUGAUCGCGUUGGGCCACAGGAGCAGCCCGCUAUGAUGGCCGUUAUGGCCGUCGAGAAGGACGUCUUCAUCUCGUCCAGUUUGAAGGGAAGCGGCCCUUCUCUGUACAGCCUCGCACCCCAGCAUUCCAAACCACGAGUCGUCGCUGCCCUUGACCGGUGCCAAGCCAGACUACAGAGCCAAAAGAAGGUCCCAGUAAACAAGAAGCAUCGAACCGAGGCCGGCUGUGCGGAGAUUUUCGCUGUUCACCAGUACUAUUUAGACAGCGAUACCUCCCAGCGAGCCCACAAUCACCCGCGCUCCAUCCGCGUUGUUGCCUACGGUAAAGGGGGCCAGACAGGCGUUAUAGGCCGUGAGUUUGUGCCUAUCCUGCUGUAUCUCAAAACCCUUGCGGUGGCGGUGAAGUCGUCAACCAAGAGGGUCGCCUAA